CGUCGUCUGCAUCUGCUUUUACCGGCCUUCUUGAUUGUUGACAUCUGACAUGUUAUCUCGAUACAUUAUGUAAAUUUCAAGAGUUACAUACAAUUUUAUAAUUUACCUAAUGUAGCCACAAUAUAUGCAGUCUGAAGUCACGUUUAUUACUGUAAUAUCUAAUACGAGACAAGUUCAAAAAAUGUAAACAUUGAAUAAACUAUACAAGUGUACAUUACUGUAGGUACAGAAUAUGCGUUAAAUUUGAGUAGAAAAGUUUAUAUACUUGAUAACAUUAAAUACAUACAGCGAUAUAAUUUUUCAACUAAUAUAAAAAGCAAUGUUGAAGCGAGAUUGGAAAAAAUCCUUGCGAACGCCGCACAUUUAUAAAGUAGGAAAUAAUACCUUCAGGAUUCAAAAACAAUUAAUAGUUUUUAUUGUGAUAUUCGCAGGGUUGACAUUUAUAUACAUUUGUCCUUCUAUGUACCAUGCUAUUUGUUUUCAUCCUGUUGAUUCUUCUGUACCUUUGUGUCGUUUUUACAAAUAUAACAAAACCUAUCCUAUUACGAGACCAGUUGAAACAACCAACGGUGUAAACUAUAAGAUAGCAAUAAUUAGUGACCUUGACGAGCGAUCGAAAAAUUUACAAAAAAAAGAUGUGUGGUAUAGCAUUUUGAAAACAGGCCAUCUUUUGUGGGUACCUUUAACAAACACACUCUCUGUGACAUGGGAUAAUCAAGAUGUUAUUUUAUCAUCAUCAUUGGCCAUGGGAGGACGGGGUAUGGAGUUUUCGGAACUGGUUACUUUCGAUGGACAUCUACUAACCUUUGACGACAGAACUGGAAUCGUUUAUUCUAUCGAGGAAAGUCAAAUAUAUCCUUGGGUUAUUUUAAUGGACGGUAAUGGAAAAAGUUCAAAAGGUUUCAAAAGUGAAUGGGCAACUGUGAAGGAUGAACAACUCUAUGUUGGCAGUAUGGGAAAAGAGUGGACGACAAGUUCAGGUCAAUUUCAACACAAUAACCCUCAAUGGAUAAAAAUUAUUUCACCUCGAGGAGAAACUCAUACGAUGAAUUGGAUUUAUAAUUACAAAAAACUAAGAAAGGCGAUCAACAUAGAAUUUCCAGGUUACAUGAUUCACGAAUCAGGAAUAUGGAGCUCUGAGCAUGAGAGCUGGUUUUUUCUACCACGCAGAUGUUCGAUUCAGAGAUAUAAUGAGACACUAGAUGAAACUAUGAGUUGUAAUGUGUUACUAAAGGCCGAUGAGAAUUUUAAGGAUAUACAGGUUACAAAUAUUGGUACAUUAACACCUACCAGAGGUUUCUCAAGUUUCAAAUUUUUACCGGGAUCUAAUGAGAAGAUAAUCAUCGCAUUAAAAUCGGAAGAAUAUCAAGGUCGAAUGUCUACUUAUAUUGUGGCUUUUACAACUGAUGGUGAUAUCCUUAUGCCUGAAAUGAAAGUGGCAAAUGAGAAAUUUGAAGGAUUUGAAUUUAUAUGAAACUUAUAUAAUUAUGAAUACUAUUUCAAUAAAAAUAAUAAAGUAUUUUGUAAAUAAUAA